AGGAAGCCACAUCACACUCAUAUUAAUCACAGCGGUCCGAUCCAGGAAGCGCAACGAUCCUUAACGCUGAACGCACGCUGCGUCUCACAGUUAAAGCCCCAAUAUUCCGCUUUUGGUUCUGUGCUUUCCGUUUGUGUGACAGGACUGAGGCACAGAGAUCAGUUGUGCGUAGAAGGAACAGGGGAAACCAGCGCUAUUCCACUGUUAUUACAUUCUGAGCUGUCAGCAGGCCAGAAGUUUCCAGGCGCAAACACACACACACACACACAAGAAGAACACUACGAUCGUUUCUAUAAAGAUCUAUUGUUGGUGCGCUUUACGGGUCAGCCGAGUUCCCCCUCCUCUUUUUUUUUCUUGAGGGAUUCUUAAUGGCUUCGAGAUCGAAACCUAAUCUAAUCGUCUAACACUACGUUCACUAACCAAAUACCUUAAUCGAUAAACCGCGAAUAAAACUACUCGGAGGAAAAUUAAUUCAAAAUUCUGUGAGAUCUCUUACCGUCGUUUUGUUUUCUUCUGGUGUGAAAUUGCCGUCACACUUGUCGAAACGUGCUCUUUUGGAUCUUUUUUUUUUGAAGAGAAGAGUACACCCACCGAUCAGCGAAGAACUAGUUGAACCCAAUAACAUACCACCAUGCCACACGGCGCACACACGGACAACUCCGGCGCGACGAGCGCGAAAGCAAGUGCGACUUCUGCGAGCACCUCGUCCCCACCAGGUCGGCCACAGCACCGCGGUCGUGGACGCAACAGCUCAGCACAGAAGAGCGAAGACGACUUCUGUGUUGUAGAGCCCCAAGCAGUCGAAAAGACAGGUGAAAACUUUUCGUCCGCAUCCCCCACAGUGACAAGGUGUGUGACGGCACCGCAGCCAUGCAACCGAGUGUCACGCGGUGGUGGGAAGUGGCUGCGGCAGGGAUUGAGAGGAAAGGUCAGCGGAGGCCAAGCACGGAGUCAAUUCUCUCCUUCCGUGAAUCCUGGUCAUCCGUCGUCAAAGGUGAAGGCUACGUACUUGUCUCCCCUACCGCCCCCAUUUCCUCCCAUUGCGCUGCCUGCGUGGUGUCGAUCUGCCUCUGCGAUGGCGUACCCGCUUUCUGAGGAUGGCCUCACGAACGAACUCGUGGACUUCUUCCACUACACCGAGCUGACGUCGCACGAGACGGCUGCACGAGCGCGACUGUUGCGUUGCGUCGAGGCGAGUGUGCAGGAGAUGUGGAGCGCUUCGGCGUCGGACGAAAAGCCUAUGGGGAAGACAGCGCAGGUUUCUCUGUACGGCAGCUUCGCCUUAGGGCUGUCUCUUCCGAGAAGCGACAUCGACCUCGUCUUGUCGUUCCCCGCGGAGGAACGGCAGGAGGCGGAGGAAAGGCGCCUGCGUGCGUUGAUGGGAAAAGCAGAGGACACGCCGGACGCGCUGGAGGCAGCGAGGGGGCGGCAGCAGCGUUCUCUGGAGCGGCUGCAUGACCUUGCCGAACACCUCCGCCGCACGCAUGCGCAGUCGCUGGUGGUGGAGGUGUACGACCAGUGUCGUGUGCCCCGCAUUCACCUGCGUGACACCGCGGCGGACGGCGUCUCGUGCGACAUUAACAGCUCCUUGACGUCGGAGCGCGUUGCCCGUGUCGUCGCUCGCCAGCAGCGGUGGCUCAAAAACGUCCCGCUCGCCGCCUUUCUCGUGCGAGUGACGAAGGCGGCGGUGCGGCAGUGGGAUUUGAAUGAAGUGUUUGCUGGCGGGUUGGCCUCGACUGCGUUGUAUUGUCUCGUGCUGCGCUUCCUGGCACAGGCGGAGCAGCUGCACCGACACGCAAACUCUGAGGGGAAAAAUUUGUCGCCGCCGCGCUACGAAGAGGCGACGCAGUCGGUGUCGUCUUCGCCGCUCAGCACUUCGACCUGCUGCUCUCCCCUCACUCCCUCUUCGCAUACGACGAGCAGCGUAUCCUUUGUGUCUCCUACCGCCGCACCGACUACGUCAGCGGUGGAGAACGGCUCUCUCUCCGCCUCUGAAACAGCUGCAGCGACGCCGAUCGCGUCUUACGUGCCAAGCUGGGUGGUGGUCAGUAACAAGUCUGCCGCGGCUGUUGCGCUUCUCUCCAAGGUUACAAAGGGGGAGAAAGAGAACGCGAAGCCGACGGACGGCAUUCCAACGAUGAGUGGACACGGGUGUUCGCCUGACCAAUCCCACAGCAACAGCGGCUGCCAUAAAGAAACGGAAGAGGACGACAGCGACGAUUCGGAGGUGGACGCAUUGACACAGGAAGCCCUCACUGGGAGCUCGUGCGCGACCACCGCCGCGACUACGCCAACCAGCCGCUCCGCAACGAUCACCCCGCCACUGUCGCUGUCGUCGUGCAGCUCGGGAGCGGUGUCGCGAGCACCGACGUCCCCUGUCGCCGCAUCCUUCCUCACUUUCGGUGCCGCGGUGCAGAAGUAUGGUGCGUGGGCCGACACGCCAGAGAAGACGCUGAUGACCCACACCACUACGCACGACGACUUCCCAUUGGCAGAGGAGCUGACGCGGAUGGCGCAGGCCCGCUACGGGGCUUCUCCGGCACGUCUGCUGCUGAGGCUGUGGCGCGCACUCUCCGCGGACACCUUCCUCUCCGGCUACCAAGUGGCCGACGUCUUCGGCGACGAUGCCACAUGGGCGACGUGUGAAUUGGAGGCAUUUUCUGGCAAGCCGUCCGCACUGCCGGGUACGGCGGCGUUGGAGCUGGCCACGUACGCGAGCCGCCGUAACACCGACCUUUCCGCGCCGUCCUUCCGCCUUCCGGACCUGCUGGCACUGUUCCGCUGCUCGAGCGCGUCCCUGGACAACAUGCUGCGCUUCCAGCGGUAUCCCCGUCGAGCGGCGCCAACGAUGCUGUCUACCAUUUUCGUCGAUCCACGGGCGCCGCUCUAG